AUGCUAAACAACUUUAUCAAAAAUGUCAUGGGUUCAAGUCUAACUAAAAAUUACGAUGUUGAAAAAGAACCCUAUAUGCAUGGAGGACUCCACAAUCUUUGGAAGGUUUACAGAGCAAAGAAAAAGGACAGAAAUAAUAUGGACUGCUCACUUUUCAUUUUCGAAAAGAAAAGCUUAGACAAAAAGAAGUAUUCUUAAGCAUAAAGAGAUGACAUUUGCAAUAUCUUGAAGAAAGAUCCCUAGAAUUUGACUAAAUUAAGACAUCCUAGUCUGCUCUCAUUGAUAGAAUAGCCAUAGGAGGAUGCCAAAUUUAUAAUAUUUGCAACUGAACCUAUUGAAUUUAAUCUGGCUAGUUUAGUUUUUGAUGCCACCAAGAAGGAGUUAAUUCCCGGUGAUUUGGAGAUUAAGUGUCUUUCCCUUGAACUUCUAGAGGCUCUGAAUUUCCUGCAUAACAAUGCUAAGAACAUGCAUAUGGGUCUAGCCCCUGAGCAUGUCUACAUCAAUAAAGAAGGAAAAUUGAAAUUAGGAGGGUUGAAUUUCGCUUAAUAAUUUUCAACGUCAGAGUCAUUGCAUGUCCCAUUACACUUUGACCUUAAAGUCGGAGAUAUUGCUAUUGUUCCUAAUUUGAGAUUCUCAGCCCCUGAAAUCAGCGACAAGCAAAUGUGCAGCUUCAACACAGAUUUAUUUUCUGUGGGCUGUUUGAUUUACUUUAUGGUUGCAAUUAACAGAGGUAAAGAUCCAUUUAUCCUCAAUUAAACUGACAUCACUAGCAAGGAUUAGCAUGUCUAUGAGCUAAAAGGCUUUGACAAGAGAUUUAAUAUGCUUAUGGCUGGUAUGGAAUCUGACUUUGAGAUUAUAAUGAGAUAAAUGCUGAAUAUUAAUUAUCCAGAGUCAAGAGGGCCACUUAAUGAAGUUGUCGUCAAAUCAUGGUUUUAAGAUCCGUUGCUUAAAACCAUCAAGUAUUUAGAGACAAUAGAUUCUAGAGAUCAUCAAAAUAAAGUUUAAUUUCUGACAGGUAUCACAACGAUCUUAUCUAAGUUUGACAAAAAAGCAUUGAUCAAGAAAGUGAUCCCUCUAUUGCUCGAUCAGAUGAAAUCAAUUUAGCUUUCAGUCAAUGUUCUUCCAAGCAUUCUUGAUGUUAUGGAGAGAUAGAAUUAUUUAACAACAACUGAGUUUAGAGAAUAUAUUUGGCCAAGUUUGUAAAAACUAGUCAAAGCAAAGGAACUACCAGCUUAAAGUCUCUAUCUAAUCUUAAAGAAUACUGAGCUAUUCAUCAAAUUCGUUGGGCCAUCAGAAUUCUAAUCACACUUCUUGGUACUCAUUAAUAAAGCACUUGAAGUUCAAGUGCCAAAACUUCAAUUUCUUGCUUUGACGAAAGUACCGUUUGUUAUUAAAUAAUUAGAUUAUGCUGUGGUAAAGACUCAGAUUCUACCAAGAGUGUUAGGUCUCAUUGAGAAAAAUUAUCCUCUUUAGAUUAAACAAAAAACUCUAGAAGUAUUAAACGAGAUCAUUCCUGGUAUUGAUUAAUAGACAAUGAAAGAUAAAAUCUUAAAGACAUUUGAGAAAAUAAGAUCAAGUGAAACAGACCCUUAGGUAUGCAUGUUAAUGCUAAAGAUAUAUGAAUAAAUGGCUAAGACUCUAGGAGUAGAUGAAAUCGGCCAUAAAAUUCUGCCAGGUAUUAUACCAAUGCUUAUUAGCGGUACUUUUACCAGAAGUCAGUUCACAGAAAUGAUGCUUAGUGUGAGAAGACUGCUUGACUAGAUUGAAAAGCAUAGAGAAAAGGAUCUUAGAGAUAUGGGUCAAGACAUUCCAUCUUCAGAUAAAAUUGAUAUUGACGAUAAUAAAGCUAACAAAUAGUCUCUAUCAAAUCCUACAAAUAAAGAUGUAUUUGAUUUCUUAAACACUCUAGAUGGCGGUUCAUCAGCAGCAUAAUCUCAGCCAUAAUCUACUCCUACAGCAAAUACAUCAAAUACAUAAAAUCUAAUGAGUAGCUAAAAUUCCAACCCACUUAAUUCAAUGAUGACAGGGUUAAACUUGAAUUAAACAGCGACCACAAAGACUGGAGGAGAUCCUUUCGCUGAAAUAUUGGGUUCAUCUCUUUCACUAGGUGGUGGCUAAACAAGCAAUUUCUAACCCUAAUAAUAAAAGAUGAAUGUAGGUGGUGGAUGGGACUCUGACCUUCCAAUAAUUUCAGAUAAUAAACAGCCUGUUGUGAACAAUUCAUCAUCUGAUUGGGCCAGUUUUGGAUAGAAUGGAUUUUCUAGCACAACUUCUGCUUAGUCAAAAAGUAAUUCAAACCCACUGACAGGAUAUGGUGGAGGGAAUCAAUCUAAUUUAAACUCUUUUGGAUCUGGUUUUAGUGGUAUUUAGCAGAAUUAAUCAAUGGCUUAAAAUAAGCCCAUAAACUAAUUCAGUGGACUAGGUUUUGGAGCGUCUUCAAAUAAUGAUCCCUUUGCAGAUCUUAUUGAAAAACCUCAAUCAUAAGGAUUUAGUAAUUUUGGAAGUAUGAAUUAACAGCCUAUUCAAUAGUAAUAGUAGAAUAACUAGUUCUCUAUGGGAGGAGGCUUUACUGGAAACAGCAUGAACUUAAACAGCAAUAAUAGCAUGGGAGCCAAUUUUGGUCAGCAACCCUUAAAUAAUAAUUUGGGGAUGAAUAAUUUCGGUCAGUUCAACUAGUAAUAUGGAGCAGGUAUUCAAUAGCAAUAGCAAAAUACUGGUUAUGGACAGUUUGGUGGGAUGAACAAUAAUAAUCUUGGUUUCUAGUAAUAAAAUAACAAUCCACUAGGAGGGUUGAACUUUGGAGGUAGUAGCUUUAAUACCUAAUAGAAUUAAACAGGAUUAAAUCUAGGCUUUGGUACUGGAUUUGGUGGAAAUACACAGCAGUAGCCUUAGUCAAAUUUAAACAGUGGCUUAAAUGACGAUUUUUUCAACUAAUUUACUAGCCAAUAGCCAAAAACUCAAUAAAACCCUUUCAACCCCUUCUGA